CCUUUGGUCGGUCUUCCCUAAAUAACACCACCUUUUGAUUAUUCCACAAUAACACCACAUUUCCUAUACUUCUUUCCAAAAUGGUACAAAAUUAUGGGUGACCUGAUUUUGCAGGUAAACUUGAUGACGUGGCCUGUAUUUUGGGGUAAAGUCAAGGAUUGACUUAAAUUCCCCCUCCCCUUAGCCUACGUGGAAUAUAACAAUUAGGUUAUUUCCACUUUCUCUAUAAAAUACCCCCCUUCCCUGUUCUUUUCCCCUGUUCUUCUCUUCUCUGUUUUCUCCAUCUCCUCUUUUCUUCCCUUUUUUUUUCUGUUCGUUCUUUCUUUCUCCAUCUUCUUUUUCCAUUCUUUGAACUGAGCAUGGCUGCUAGGAGGUCUAAUUCAUACGCAUCAGGUUCAUCCUCAAGCAACAAAAGGGUUGGGAAUGCGCAAGUUCGCUGCAAUUGUGGGAAAGAAGCUCUAAUUAAGACAGUGAGAAAAGGCCCUAAUUUUGGGAUGAAGUUCUAUGGUUGUCCUAUGUGGCCAGACACUCAGUGCGAUUUUUUCAAAUGGGUAAAUGAGCACACUGAUGUUGAAGAGUACCAGUUCAAGUUGUUGGAAAAGGAUACUAUCAUAUGUGAAUUAGAGGUUGAACAAAAUUUCAGAGAUGAAAAAAUAAAGAAAUUGUAGUUGAAGAAAGCUAAGUUGGAGG